AUGUACAACCCUUUCACGACUGAAGCAUGGACGGAGUAUGCAGUCGGUAUGGUCAUAAUAUUCUCCCGCAUCACAGCACGUUGUUGGCAGGUCGGAUUGAAUUGGGAUGGAGACGACUACUUCACCAUACUUUGCGCCCUCUUCUUUACCGCUGAGCUUGUCAUGCUAGAGCUCAUUGGUAGAUACGGUUCCAUUACAGGAAUGAGUAAUGAGAUUGCAUUGCAACUUACAACUGAGCAAAAACAACGCAUCAUUAUGGGUAGCAAAUGCCUUCUCACUGGGUGGAUUCUCCUCAAUCUCCAGCAAAGGAAUCUCGUCAAAAUCACUGGGGCUGUCUGCACCGCCGCAUAUAUCGCCACCAUCAUUGCAUUUCUUACACAUUGCCACCCCAUUCAUCGGUUAUGGCAAGUCUAUCCGUAUCCUGGUGACGACUGUGCGCUCAACAUUUCGAAGUACCUAGCUUUGGUAGUCACAAACGUAACUACCGAUCUCAUGAUCCUUUUCAUUCCGUUGCCUCUACUGUGGGGCGUCCGUUUACCUUUCAAAAGGAAGCUGCUUUAUUUUCUCUGGCUCUGCACAGGGAUCUUCAUCAUGACUGCGACAUUACUCCGUUGCAUUCUGUGUCUCCAAGACGUUUCCCAAAUCAACGUUGGUACCAUAUGGUCGAUCCGCGAAACGUUCGUCGGGAUCAUAGCUGUCAACGCACCUAUCCUCAAACCCUUCUUUACUCAGGCCAAAAAAGCUGUUUCCUCCGGCAAGCCAUCACACAACAGUUCUGGCAACGGUCUCCCGGAUAGUCUUCGGUUGUCGCACGUUGAGAGAAAGGGGAAAAAGAGAACUGUCCAUGACAUCACUAAUAUGGACACGAUGAUGAAUGAGAGUGAGGAGCAUAUCAUCAGCCCAGCGGGUAGACCUCGCAGCGAGAUCAGUUCAAGAAAAGAGAGAGACGAUGUGUGA